UUCCCUUAUUUGCAUUUGCUGGUCCAGUUCUCAUUCAUCUUUGGUCCCUGAAAUCGAUAGAUGCUAGUGUGCACAGCGACUUACUAAUCUUUCGAAUAUCAUGGAAAAUCCUCCUACCGAUUCUGUCGACGAAUUGCGUCAUCGUCUCCACAACAUGAAGAAAAUUAUGGCAGAAAGAAGGGGAAUGGACAGCUUAAACGAAGGCAGAAGGUCCACGAAUAUCGGAGUCAUCGACGGGGGUUUUCUAAGCGUCGUUUUUGGGAUAGCCUUAGUUGUCAUUUUGACAGUCAGCAUAUACGCCUUUUACAAUCUCUACACUGCUAUACUUAAAAAAUUUCCUCAUCCUCACGACGAACUGUGAAUGAGUUUUAAUAAUUUUGUUAUUGAACUGAGUACUUUUCCGUAGCGGCGUUUCUAUACACUGUUUAUAGAUAGUUUUUAUAA